GUUAGCGAAACGUUCACCACGAUGUUCUUUAAGAAUCUGAUGGUGGUUCUGUUCUGGCUGCUGCUCAGCUACAUCAACGGCAGCCUGGUCGCCACCUUCUUCAGACACCGGACUUUCUAUGAAGACCCUCGCUACAUCCUCUUCAUCCACAUGGUGAUAAACGACAGCAUCCAGCUGACCGUCACCAUCACGCUCUUCCUCCUCAGCUACAUCCUCUACCGGAUCAACGUGUCCCUCUGCUGCUUCUUCAUCCUGGUGGCCGUCUUCACCACCAGAAACACGCCCCUUAAUCUAGCCAGCAUGGCCAUCGAGCGCUACAUCGCCAUCUGUGAGCCUCUACGCCACACACAGAUCUGCACCGUGCGGAGAACUUACAUCGUCAUCGGGAUGAUUUGGUUUAUUUGCGCUGCUCCAGAUAUCACCGAUUUAUUUGUGACGCUAGCAACAGAAUCCAUGAGCUUCUUCCACGAGUCGGUGUCCUGCUUGCGGCAAAACGUGUUCAAAGACCCGAUUUUGGCUCAGAAAAGACUAGCGUUCGAUGUAAUUUACUUCUCCUGUGUGUUCCUGACGCUGGUCUUCACAUAUUUGAGGAUUAUGUUUGCAGCACGGGCUUUAUCGACGGAUAAAAUGUCGGCGAAAAGAGCCAGAAACACCAUCUUGCUUCACGGGGCUCAGUUGGCGAUGUGCAUGCUUUCCUACAUUUCUCCGAGUGUGGAGAUUGUUCUGAACUUGAUCUUCCCCGGACGAGGGGUGGAAAUCAGAUUCGCAAACUACCUGAUCGUCUAUCUCCUGCCCCGCUUGCUCAGCCCCAUCAUCUACGGCGUCAGAGACAAGAAGUUCAGGAAGUACUUAAAAAUAUACUUUCAGUGCAACAGGUGCCGGGUCAACGUGAAGAUGAUGGUGGCCCCGGCAAACAGAGAUGACGAGUAG